CAAAGCCGAGGCCAGACUCGAGUCGCGCGCUGGCACCAAGGUCUCUUCGGCCCCGCCCCUUGGGCCUGACCUCCCAGACUCCCCUGCCCGGCUGGGAGCGUCGCGGGCGCUGGGGUCGCGCGUCACGCCCGGCGCCCCCAACACGGAGCAGUGGCUUGGGCCAGCCCAGCUCAGCCUGGUCGUCGGCCCGUUAGAUAGCAGACUGUCAGCCUUCGCAUUAGAGUGGCUUACGUUCAUUCAUUCACCUGUGAGACUCCACUCGGGCUCCCGCGGUCCUUUGGGCCCGGAACCACUGAGCCUGGGCGUUUCACAUGACAAAUGUCAGCGUAUCUGCGAAAAGCCCGUUGCUGGGCGCCAGAACCAAAAGGAAACAGCAGCGCGAGAUGAAAAGUGGCACAGAUCAGAUGAUGGGGAGAGAGCUAAAUUCUUAGGCAUCACCAGGAAAUUCCCAGGGAGUACCUGACCGGCUUCCACAAGCGGAAGGUAGAGCGGAGGAAGGUGGCCAUCGAGGAGAUUAAGCAGCGGCUGAAGGAGGAGCAGAAGAAGCUCCGGGAGGAGGUGUGGGGGGAAGCGCCACCAGGAAUACUUAAAGAUGCUGGCGGAGAGAGAGGAGGCCCUGGAGGAAGCAGAUGAGCUGGACCAGCUGGUGACGGCCAAGACUGAGUCAGUGCAGUAUGACCACCCCAACCACACGGUUACCGUGACCACCAUCAGCGAUCUGGACCUCUCAGGGGCCCGCCUGCUUGGGUUGCCGCAGCCUGAGCAAGGGGCUGAGGACCAGUCCAAGGAGGAGGCGACAUCUGUGGAAAAGCCAACCAAGGCCUUACCCAAGAAGUCCAAAGACCCCCUGCUGUCUCAGCGGAUCUCCAACCUCACAGCAUCCCUGCACGCGCACAGCCGCAAAAAGGCAAAGAGGAGACGUCCCCGGCGGGCCCAGGACUCCAUGAAGAAGCCCCCUAGAGCCACCCGUACCAGCAAGACCCAGCGCCGCCGUCUGACAGGCCGGACACGUCACAGUGGGGAGUGAGCCCCAAGGCCCGGGGCUGUCGCAGCGUGGCUGUCCCUGUAACCCAGCCACAUGAGCUGGUGACUCCGUGGUCCGAGCCUGGGAAACCAGGACCUCUUGGUCGCAGACUGCUGGCCCUCCACGCUCAGGGCCAUCUGGAGAGAACCCGCAGAGCCAGCUGGUUGUCUCCCUGGGGUUCCUUGCCAGGGGCAUGUCCUAUGUGCACAUACGUGGUUUUUCUGUCCUUGCCUUGAGCCUCUGGGCUGAGGGUUCAUCCUCUGUCGUCCCCAGAAGUUUCCCUGUGGGGACAGUGAGGGUGUGUUGGGACCCAGCGAGCACAGAACGCACCCCUCUGAGCCUCCCCUCACAGCUUGCCCUCCUGUCCCUUCUGUCCCUGCUGCUCUUUGUUCUCUGCUUAGGGUCAGGAGGAUGACAGAGGCUGAGGUGAGACCCUGGGCAGCGCCCACCUCCCGCAGCACCGGCACUCUCCUUGACUCUCCAGUGUCAGUUAGGGACGCUGGGGCUGUCGUGUUUAUUAAACCUCAGCCACCCCUCC